CAAGUGGGUGGUGGCCUGGUUGCCUUCCCUGCGCGCUUGCGUGGGAAGGCCAGCAAGGAGAAAGAGCUGGUUUUCAGGAAAGACCAAAGUCUAGGAAAAGUGCUGCCGAUGCCUUCGCGCUCGGGGCUCGGAGAAUGACUUCGAGACGGCACCCAGGCACGGAGCUAGCCCGGAUCUGGGGCUGCUCGGAUUAGGUUCGGUUUCCGCGCGGACGGAAGGUGCAAUACGGAAAAAGAGUCUGCUGAUCAAAUCUUAGAAUGGAUAGUUAUUUUAAAGCAGCUGUCUCUGAUUUGGACAAAUUACUUGAUGAACUUGAACAGCACCCAGAUGAACUUGAAAACAACAGCACUAUAAAUCUUUGCAAUUCUGAGCACCACUUAGUUUUGUUAGAUUCAUCUUGCCAGCAGCCAAAAUCCUUUGAGCCAAAUGUGGAAGAAAAUGCCAGUUGUGCUAUAUCAGCUGUAUGCUCAUUAUCUUCUCAAACUACAAAAGUAGCAAGUUUUGAACAAUUGAACUCUGACCAGAAUGAGAAAAAUGUUACUGGCUUAGAUCUUCUGUCCAUGGUGGGUGGUGAUUCUUCAGAUAAAAAUCAGUCGUCUUGCUUGAAGGGAUGCAGUAUACCUGUCUGCGAUCUUAUCAGUGACACAGGUGGCUUGAACCAGAUACAAAAUAAUUUAGGAUGUAUUCAAAAGUUGCAGCCAGAUGAGUCUCAGUACGGUCUUUCAAUCGAUGGCUUUGAUUUAGCACUGCUGUCACCAAAAGCUAAUAAUUCAGUGGUUGAUUAUCACAUUUCUAAUUCUGGUACACAGCAACAGAUUAAUGAAACACUGUACAAAAUACAAAAUAAUGCAGCAGAACUUAAUCAGUUGGAAUUAAAGACAGACACUCCUUUUGAACAAAAUAUAGCAGACUCUAGUGAAGAUCAAGAAAAAACCAAAUGUUUGAAUAGUAAUAAAAUAUCUGACCAGAAACAACAAGUGAUAGGAACUGAUGGAGUAUCAGCUUCAUUAAUACAUCUUUCAGCUGUACUUGGAUCCAAAGAUGAAUCAACAUGUGAAAAGCUGCCUUGUGAGACACUAGUGGAUGAAAAUAGUUCGAAAAGUCAAAUGGUACAUGAUGAGAGUGACAAGCAAGGCAUUUCAGAAGACAUAAAAGAAUCAGAAGCAUUGCGUUUGCCAAAGAUCCAUGAAGUGAAUAAUCCCAAUGUAAUGUGUAACAAAAAACCUUUAUGUGAUUCUGCUCUUCAGACAGAAAAUGUACUAGCUUUCAAUAAAGAACAUAGCACAACUGACAAGUUUUGUAAUUCACAGCAAUAUACUGAUAUAACUUUAAAUACGGUUUCAGUACCAGAGAUCUCUGAAGACAUACAGACUUCACUAUCCUGUCUUCCACUUGCAGUUUCUAUAUGUACAUCAUUAGUUAAUACUGAUGAUACAAAUGGAAAGAUUAUUCAGAAAGAAGAUGGCAUUAGAGACAUAGCUCUGCACAGUGAAAAUAGCUUUGCAGAAGGCAGAAAAACAGAAACUUCAGAAAAGGAGAGCAGUCUAAACCAAACCAAUGAAUGUGAGAUAGAGAAAUCUUCCUUAAUAAGUAGAGAAUGUGUUGUUUCUAGUAAUUGUGAGCCUUUCCAACAGCAGGAUUCUAUUGUGACUACUAGUCCUUUUUUGGCUAAAGAUACUGAAAUGUGCAGCAGUGUUUGGCCUAUUGAUGUUGAUGAAAGACCUUUUGUUGAUCUAGCUUUAGAAGAAGACAUUAUUGGAAGCAACAUGCUCAUUAGUGAUAGUGAGCUUGAUGCCUUUUUGUCUGAACAUUGUCUUGAAGCAAAUAAUUCAAAGCCUCUGAAAGAAGACACUAGCAGUGGACUUUUGGAAUCUGAAGUAAUAAAUGACAACUUACUGGAUAUAAGCAAUCUGAAUACCAAUAGAGAUAGCGUACAAGCAGAAUUGGAAUUUCAGAAAGCAAAAGCCUGUAAUGAAAAUAAUUUUAUCAGUAUUCCAGAAUCUAGUUUGGAGAUCCUAGUGAAAACACAAACACAGCAGGUUCAACAAGAGACUAUAGAUAAUGCAAUUGAGAUUGGAAGUGAAGUUUCAGAUUCAUUAAAUGGUCAGCCAACAGUGCACAGUGGAGGAGCGAGACCAAAGCAGCUGCUAAACCUUCAACCAAAAGCCCCAAUCCCUUCUGAGGUUAGCAGUAAAAAUACACCCGGAAAUGAAUCUCAAGUGAUAAAUUCCACAGACUCAAAUACCUUUGUCUCCGAUGGUAAAAUGUCUCCUGAAUCGGAUGUUAGCCAUAAUAAUGUUGAUGGACAAAAAUGCUUGGGAAACAUGAAAGAAAAUUCCUUACCUAUGGUUUCAGAGCCAAGAAAAGUAGUGGGACAAGCUACUGUCUUGGGACAGAAGCAGCCAUCCUGGCUUCCUGAUUUAGAAGCAUCAAAGUGCAUGAAUUGUCAAGCCAAAUUCACAUUUACAAAAAGAAGACACCACUGUCGUGCUUGUGGGAAAAUUUUUUGUGCUCCCUGUUGCAAUCGAAAAUGCAAACUCCAAUAUCUGGAUAAAGAAGCAAGAGUCUGUAUAAUCUGCUAUGAGUCCAUUAACAAAGCACAAAUGAUGACCCCAACUGGUCCAGCAUCUAAUUCUGUAGUGUCUGAAUCUCCAGCUAUUCCAUCUCUGCAUGAAAUCCAGACAUCUGCAUUGCUCCCUAAAGACCAGAGAAGAGUUUGGUUUGCAGAUGGAAUUUUACCUAAUGGAGAAGUUGCAGACACAACAAAACUGUCAUCCGGCGCCAAGCGAUUCCCACAGGAACCUGUUGGAAGCCCAACAAAUGAAACUGUCUCUGCAACUGAUACCAAGUCAAAAGAUGAAAUGCAUGUAGCUGAACAAACUGGGAUUGCAAGGGGUUCCACUUCUGUUCCACAGAAAAACGUAUUGCCUAGUAAUGAGCAGCUUGACUUACCACAUGAAUUUGACUGUCUGCCCAUUGCACAAACUGAAGUGUUGUGUGACUCUGACUUUGUGACUGCAGCUGUUACUGAAGUUCCUAUUGUUUCUGAACUAGCAAAGGAAUCUCUUCCUGCUGCAACUGAUCAAGCAAGUGAUACCCCUACUAGUAUAUUAGAUUAUAGGAUGCUUUGUUAUGUUGAAAACUGUGUUGGUAAGGAGGUCAGCCUUAUUCCUGGUGAUGGAUUUCCACCUCUUCUGCUUGCAAGAGGAGAAAAAGGUAAAGAAUCCUUGGUAGAAGAGCAUCCUUCUAAUGAGCAAAUUACCUUAUUGCUUGAAGAAUCUAAUCCAUUGACAUUCAUUCUAAAUGCAAACUUACUAGUGAAUGUCAAGAUACUAUCUUAUAAUUCAGAAAAAUGCUGGUAUUUCUUCACCAAUGGAAUGCAUGGGUUGGGGCAAACUGAAAUUAUCAUACUGUUACAAUGUUUACCAGAUGAAAGUGAUAUUCCUAAAGAAAUAUUCAACUUAUUUAUCAACAUAUAUAAAGAUGCUAUGAAAGGAAAAUUUAUUGGAAAUUUGGAAAAUAUUACAUUCACUGAAGACUUUCUUGGAAGCAAAGAGCAUGGUGGAUUUCUGUUCGUUACACCCACAUUUCAGAAGUUAGAUGAUCUCAUGCUACCUUCAAAUCCCCUUUUAUGUGGCAUUCUUAUUCAUAAACAGGAAGUACCUUGGGCAAAAGUUUUUCCUAUUCGCCUUAUGUUGAGAUUAGGAGCUGAAUAUGGGGUCUAUCCAACUCCAUUGACAAGUAUCAGACAUAGAAAGCCACUGUUUGGAAAAAUAGGCCAUACAGUCAUGGAUUUACUUGUUGACCUUAGAAAUUAUCAAUAUACAUUACAUACAAUAGAUAAUUUAUUUAUCCAUAUGGAAAUGGGUAGAAGUUACAUUAAAAUACCUCUGAGGAAAUAUAAUGAUGUAAUGAAAGUAAUAAACACUUCUAACGAACAUGUUAUUAGCAUUGGGGCAAGUUUUAAUUAUCAAGCUGAUUCCCACUUAGUUUGUGUACAAAACGAGGAUGGAAUAUAUCAAACACAAGCGAACAGUGCCACUGGAGAUCCUAGGAAAAUUACAGGUGCAAGUUUUGUAGUGUUCAAUGGAGCACUGAAAACAUCUUCUGGAUUUCUUGCUAAAUCCAGUAUUGUUGAAGAUGGAAUAAUGGUGCAGAUCACUCCAGAAACUAUGGAGGGCUUGCGUCAAGCUCUGAGUGAAAAAAAAGACUUUCAAAUUACAUGUGGUAAAGUGGAUUCAGGAGAUUUCCGAGAAUAUGUAGACAUUUGUUGGAUAGAAAAUGAUGAGAAAACAAACGUGAGAAUUACAAGUCCGAUAGAUGGGAAAUCUAUGGAAGGAGUACAGAGUGAAAAAAUAGUUCAAGAAGAAUGUUUUGAAGUGGAUGGAAAACUUGUAAAAUGUACAGAAGUAUUCUAUCUGUCAAAGGUUAGCGAGCUACACAAUAGUGUUCAUCAGCUUGCUAAAGAAAUUGCAUUGGCUUCUUAUAUUGCACUUGGAAAACAUCUCAAAACACUGAAAAAUAAUGGAAUGAACAAAAUAGGCCUCAGAGUCUCCAUGGAUGUCGAUAUGGUAGAAUAUCAGGCGGGAUCUGGAGGCCAGGUUCUUCCACAGCAUUACUUAAAUGAUUUGGAUAGUGCUUUGAUUCCAGUAAUUCAUGGCUGGAUAUCCAAUACUACAAGUUUACCACUGGAAAUGGAAUUAAUAUUUUUCAUUAAUGAGUCUCUUUUAAUAUAACUGGCAAGUUUAUGAUAAUGUAAUGAACUGAAUUGCUCUAUUCACCAGUACCAAAGCAGUUAACAUUACAUUAUGAAUGAAAUAUUCAAGUGUUUUUAUGCCAAUGAUUAAGCAGUCUUCUAAGAGAGCUUUAUUUAAUUAAAAGUUGUUUUUCCAUCUUUACUUAAACAGGAAAUUAAUGAAACUUUCUUUAAGCUCUGAAAUGUUACAUUUAAUACAAUUAAGGCAAGGAAGGAAUAGAGUUAGCAUGUGUGAUUAAGGAAUUAUCUCCAUUUUACAGAUAAUUUUAAUAUUCUUUGCAAUUACUGGUAAAUCUAGUGAAUUAUUCUUAACUAUUUGGGGUGAUUUGUAAAAAAAAUUAUAACAUUUAAGUGGACUGGAAGUUUCUUGCUGCAUAGUUCAGAUAUAAAAGCUGUUAAUUACUAGAAUAUUGGCAUAAUUAUCCUAUCUUGAAAAUGUUUCUACAAGUAUAAUUAUCUUUAUGAUGAAACCAAUGUGUUUUUGCCAGAUGUGAUCAUUUUAUAAAGUUAUAAAUUUUUAAUAUUGGUAUAUUUUAAAGUAAAUAUUAUUGCUGGAACUUGAGAGUUCCCAUUUUAAUGGCUGACUUUGUUAUAUAUUUAUAAUGGCUUUAAUGAACAUAAAAUUAAUACUUUUUAUAUUAAAUACUUAAUAAUGUUGUAUUCUUCUGUGCUCAGAUAUAUAGCUGUUUCUUGGAUUUUCCAAGAAGUAAUAAGAAGUCAGAUGACCCUUAAAGUAGUCAUCUUGUAGCAGUAAAUCAGGCACGAAGCCUGUCUAUGCUCCUUUCUCUACUUUUUGAGACCUCUUGUAUCCAUGUUUAUGUUCAGGGACAACAAUGUGUUAGUUUGCCACAAAAUACCUGAGGCUCUUUAUAGAAGUCUUAUUUUUGUAAUGGGUUAUUUUCAAUAAGUAAGCAUUUAUGUACCAGAAAAAUGAUUGAUAUUACUACUCAAGUAACCUAAAUCAAGUCUGAUAAUGCCUGCACAUUGUUGCUGUUUGUUGUAUACUAUAGGAAAUUGUAUGUCAGUGUGUCUUUGAAUUAUUUAUACUUAUAUUCCUAUAAUGGAAAACAUAUCAUAUUCUAAUUAUAACUAUGCCUUGACAUUAGAUGUGUACAUGAACUACAGUUACAAAGGCAAUUUAUUGUUCAGAUAUUUGACAAAUAUAGAAUAAAGGCACAGAAGUGUAGAAGACUCCAAUAAACUAGUCCCAUGGGCCAUUGUAAUGAAAACAUUGUACUCCUUUGUAUCAAGAAUUGUAAAUUUGUUGUAGACUAAAUGUUAUAAUAUGCACCUGUUUCUCUGUUCUGCUACUGUUGAACAUAUGAUGGCAGCAGACAAUGUUAAAUGUUUGAAGCAUUGAUCCAUACUGUAUAAUGACUUCUCGAGACACAAUUUUGUAUAGCACCAAGAUUUAUUCUGUAUUAAGAGCUGUUUCAUUCUCUGGAGGAUGAUCCUUUUAUAACUAAUUAAUAACAUUAGGCUUUUAUUUUAGAAUAUAAGUAUUACUAUAUAAACAUAAAGAU